AUGCAAGCACUGCUUGCUUUGCUUUUGAUCGCCAGUGCGGAAGAAUAUUUAUGUGUGCGUGUCUGUUGUUGUCACUUGCGCGAGGCGAUGCUUUUCUCCCUCUGCUCUGCUCAUCAUCACUACGCGUAUCGAAAUAGAUGUUGUCUAUGUGUGUGUUCUGCAGAUGAUGAUGAUAGUAUCUAUAAUUGGCAUCACCACAUCAUACACAGGAGGAAGCUUGAAGAAAGGGAGACGAAUAUUUCCCGCGUAGCAGCAGACUUUGCCGCGAAGUAA